AUGUGUAAUUCAGGAUUUCUUGGGCAGAGAUGCAGAGCAGCCCUGUCAACACUCGGUUUCAAGGCCGGAAAAGACAAUAUAACAACAAACUCACCAGGGCUGUUUGCUUGUAAGAAGAUUUACUUCCAGACUCCAUUUUACGGCGGACAGCAAGUAACAGUUCUAACUUCAGUUGGCCAUACCGUGAAAAGCCAAACGCCUCGAAACGGCGCUGCAGUCUGGGUUGAAGGUGUUAAAGCGAGUGAAUUUACCGUGUGCGUUCUUGAGUUUUCUUAUGGCAGCAAUAAGUCUCUGGAAGUAAACUGGGUCGCCUUUACUGAAAAGCUCCAUGGAUCUCAGAUAGGUUCUACAUCCCUAAACUCUUGGACAACUGGAACAGAAUGCAAGAGGAUCGAUUUCCAGCAGAAUUGGAUGGCGUUUACAAACCUAAAAGUGGACAACUUUACCCUAACCGACAGCCUGGUGUUUACCAAUACAAACUCACCAUCUGAUCAGGAUAACUACGCUUUCUGUCAAACAGUAAACUUCACAGAGCCAUUUUAUGCUCGUCCUGUUGUGUUGGUGACACCAAAGCGCAGUGACAACAACAACAAUGCUAAUUUGUCUGGAUCACGUUGCAACGCUGUUACCGCUUGGGUUGAGUACACAUCAACAACUGAUGCACAGGUGUGUGUGAAGAAUUACAACAGUGACGCCAACAAUAAAGAUGUUAUCACCGUCGACUACAUGGUCACCGGAGACUUGGAUCCUUGCAUCGACGUGACAUGUCAUUAUCACUGCCUUUGUAAAGCGUUUGAACCAAAUGAUGCUCGCUGCGUGGCUGUUGACAGAUGUCCUUCCUACCAAGAACCAGUCUGCUCAUCAAAUGGCACAACAUACGACAAUGAAUGUUUGUUUCGGCAGGAAAUGUGUCUUCAGCGACUGAACUUCUCUGUGCAACACCCUGGUAGUUGUGAAGGAUUUCCUUUCCAGAGAGGUCGCCGUCACAUGCCACACAUUCCUUCACUGGGAUAUUCUCACUGUGAAGUAAUUCGCCUCAAGUCUUAUGUGUUCUAUCCUGACAAAUCACUUGAAGUUCAGAUCACUGUCAAUCAUAUUGACACCAGUGACAAGUCGUAUGUACAUGAUGCCGCUGUGUCGUGGAUUGAAAAUGUCAGUUAUGAUCGAUUCACUGCGUGUGUGAUGGUGGCUGGCUACAAUGAGCGGAAAUCACAUGCUAACGUGACAGUUGAUUGGAUGGCGUACCAAGGGGCUCCAGUGGGUGGUGUUGCCGGGGAAGUACGGAUAUCACAGUGGUGGACUGGAACGACUUGUAAAGCUGUCAAUUUUCCAUCGGGAAAGUUUUCAGUGAUACCUUCAGUAUUUGUUACCGCUGCACACUAUCGCGCAGGACUAAAGCGUGACGCUGCCAGUGUGUGGAUUGAAGACGUCACGCAAUCCUCUUUCAAAGUUUGUUUGAGAGAGCUGCAGAACUACGCAGGAUCUCACGAAGAUGUUUAUACUAAAUGGUUGGCGUUUUCGUCUCUCCACAAGCCUCUCUUCUCAGAACAUAAUUCAGUGUAUUUUGCUAACGCUCAGCAUCCUCCUGCAGAUUACAACAAUGCCUAUUGCAAGGAUAUCCGCUUCACUAAGAAGUACAACAGCACCCCAAACGUGUUUGUUUCUGCGAACCAUUCAUCUAGCGGUGGAAAUCGACAACCAGUACACAAUGGAAUAACUGCAUGGGUGGAGUACAUCAACAAGACCGGUGUCCGAGUUUGUUUAAAGGAAUUGUAUGAGACAAAAUAUGAUCCACUGUCUAUCUCGUACACUGUCCUGUCAGACAUUUGCCAGCCGGGAUGGACUUACUUUGGUGGUUAUUGCUAUUUUUCAAGCCCCGCAUGCGCCUCAUGGUUGACCGCCGAGUCAAACUGCUCUGAGAUGAACUCUGAUCUGGUGACUGUACACAACCAGGAGGAAAACGUAUUUAUUCAGCACCGUCAUGCUGGCGAUAGAUCAUGGAUAGGGCUAAAUGACCGCAGUGUUGAAGGCUCUUUUGUGUGGACAAACAAAGAAAUUAGCAGUUUUAGGUUCUGGGCUCCAAAGCAACCAAACAACUGGAACAACGAAGACUGUGUGCACACUCUUGGCGUGAGGCAUGGAUACACCUGGAAUGACGUGCCAUGUGAUAAAUGCUUCAACUUUACUUGUUUUACAGACCUGGAGGAGUGCAGCACCAACACCCAUAACUGUGACGUCAAAGCAGAUUGUGUGAAUACCGUGGGCUCAUUUUCCUGUAACUGUAAAGCUGGAUAUACUGGAGACGGACAAACUUGCAAUGACAUAGACGAGUGCUCGUCAAACUCUCAUAGCUGUGAUGUGAAUGGUGUUUGUAACAACACUCGUGGAUCUUACACUUGCACGUGUAAACCUGGAUAUUCAGGAGAUGGCAAAAAUUGCACUGGAGACGAAUGCUUAAACUACCAAAAUCUGACCAGUGGAGACAGGGCAGUCACAUCUAACAAUGGUUUGGCAUGUGACAACUCACUUGGUCCUGCCUGGUUUCGAUUUGUUGGCGAUACAGGAACUAUAAUGCCCGAUGUCUGCGUUUACCGAAACUAUUGUGGGACCCAUGCUCCUGGCUGGUUAAAUGGUGCUCAUCCUACGUUGGAAGAGGGUCAAGUCACAAGGCAGGUCUGCUUCUCUUGGCAUGACUGCUGUUCUUGGGCAAUUAACAUUAAAGUACGAAAUUGCGGCGAUUACUUCGUGUAUUACAUCAAUGGAACGCCUCCUGAACACCCAUGUAACCUUCGCUACUGUGGUGCUGUCUAAGCUGCUGUCACGAAAAGUGUGACCUCUGAUUUAAUUACUCUACGAGCAAGUAGAUUAGCUCGAGUUUGACAGCCUCAAACAUAAAUUGUAAACAUUUACGUCACACAGAAGCUCUCUAUUAUGCCGUUUGGGAGACCAUACCAUAAACAACAGAAAAAAUUUCCCAAUCUAAACCAAUAACAGCUAAAUUACAUGCAGUCAAUUUUGUUUUCCUUAUGGUCUACUUAUCUUUCGUAAGUGUGUACCAUUUUGAACCAAAAUUGGAAGUGCGCUUCAUUGCCUAUUUCAUAGUAUAUUUCACUUAUUAUUUUCGAUUCUAUUUGGUUUCUAUUUUGGUUUCUCGCUUUCUAUUUGGUUAAAAAAUUAGGCAACCUCGUUCCCGGGCUCUCUCUUUCCUCUGCCUCCCUUGGUCGUUGGAAGAAAGACGGGAGGCAAGGGAGGCAGAGAAGAGAGAGCCUGGGAAUGAGUUUGAAAAAAUAGAUAGACUCUUUUUCUGACGUCACAGUCUGACUUGUCCAAGGUCCUAGUCCCCAGCGGUUUUUAAUCCAAGCGGAAGUGACGUUUCACGUUUUCAGAUGGCUAAAACGCAGUGAAAAAAACAGUUAUAUCCAAAUCUAUUUUCCGAUUCCUUAUCACGAUAUCGUGUAGACUCCAUAAAGC